AUCUUGAUCUCCUCCCCGCCUGACUGAUAAUCAACCACUUCAGCAGCCAUGGCGUCCCUCCUGAGAAGCACUACCCGCCUGCAGCAGACACUUCGAUCGUCCGUCCGUCCCUCAAUGGUGCAGCGAACCAUGGCUACCAAGUCGCCCUCACACCUUGCCAGCGCGGCAGCAGCCGUCAAAUCCGCAGUGUCAGACUCGACUGAGCGACCGUAUUUCCCAGACGAGCCGACCGGACCCGUCAUUCGCACACAGAUCCCAGGCCCGAAGUCGAAAGAGGCGAUCGCAGAACUGGACGCGGUGUUCGACACGCGGUCCUUGAAUAUGAUGGCGAACUACCAGAACAGCUUUGGCAACUACAUUGCGGACUUGGAUGGAAAUGUGCUGCUCGACGUGUACGCACAGAUUGCCUCGAUCCCCGUUGGCUAUAGCAACCCAAACCUGCUCGCUGCUGCGACCACUCCAGAAAUGGCUUCUGCCAUCAUCAACCGGCCCGCCCUGGGUAACUUUCCACAGCAUGACUGGGCACACAUUUUGAAGACUGGCAUCUUGAAGGCUGCGCCCAAGGGAUGUGACCAAGUCUUCACUGCCCAGGCUGGAUCUGAUGCCAAUGAGCUCGCGUACAAAGCUGCAUUUAUGUGGAAACGUCGUCAGCAGCGUGGCGGCCCUGACGUUGACUUCACUGCUGAGGAAAUUUCGUCUUCCAUGAACAACCAGUCUCCUGGCUCGCCAAACAACAUGUCCAUCUUGUCUUUCAAGACUGCCUUCCACGGACGACUCUUCGGCUCUCUUUCGACCACUCGCUCGAAGCCGAUUCACAAGCUCGACAUUCCUGCCUUCGACUGGCCUCAGGCCUCAUUCCCAGCUCUCAAGUAUCCGCUCGAGCAGCAUGUCGAGGAGAAUGCGAAGGAGGAGGCUCGCUGCUUGGCUGAGGUUGAGGAUCUGCUCGUCAACUACCACAACAAGCCUGCUGCAGUGAUUGUCGAGCCUAUCCAGUCUGAGGGUGGUGAUAAUCAUGCGAGCCCAGCCUUUUUCAACGGCCUUCGUGAAGUUACUCGAAAGCACGAUGUACUCCUGAUUGUCGAUGAAGUGCAGACUGGUGUUGGUGCCACUGGAAAGUUCUGGGCACACGAGCACUGGAACCUCAAGGACGCACCAGACAUGGUGACAUUCAGCAAGAAGGCGCAGACUGCUGGCUACUACUUUGGUAACCCUGAGCUGAGGCCCAACAAGCCUUACCGCCAAUUCAAUACAUGGAUGGGUGACCCCGCUCGUGCCCUUCUCUUCCGUGCCAUCAUUGACGAAGUCGACCGCCUCAACCUUGUGGAGAACACUGCUGUUACGGGCGAAUAUCUCUACAAUGGGCUUGAGAGCCUCGGCAAGCAAUAUCCUGGCCAGAUUCAGAACCUCCGUGGCAAGGGCCAAGGCACGUUUAUUGCAUGGGACUCCCCCAACCGCGAUGAGGUUCUGAAGAAGGCCAAGGGUGUGGGUAUCAACAUCGGCGGUUCGGGCGAGCGAGCCGUACGUUUGAGGCCUAUGCUUAUUUUCCAGAAGAAGCAUGCCGACAUCUUCUUGGAGGGGCUCGAGAAGGUGUUCCGAUCAUGAGACGCGAAUGGACGAAAGCCCGUUGUGGCAUGCUAAUGAUGAUGAUGAUUUGAGAAGCAUUGAAGCGUUUUCUGUUUCUUUUUGUUCGGAACGAUGGGCGAACGACAACGUUGGAACACUGCAUGGCGUUCAGGAUGGGACGACGACGUUGGACCAAGAGGUUUCUGUGUCAAAAAACCAACUAUCGUACGGCGUGUUUGAAGAAGUGCGCGUCUCGAAACAUUUCAGAUAUUGAUUCCGUU